CCACAAGGUGGCAGUUUAUACCGUGUAUUCAUUCAAAAUAUCACUCAUAAUGACAAGUAAGAAGAAGAAGAAGAAUACUAUGAGUGCAGCUCCUUCUGGGAAACGCCUCCUGGGGUUGCCUACCUGUGUACACACUAAUGCAGCCCCUACAGAUCGGAACACAAUCAAAUAUGAGUCAGGAACCCCUGCAUUACACCCAGUGCCCCGACACCCACAGCUCCUGCCCUGAAAGGAAAUACUGAGCCGCGGAACGUGUUCUCUGAUGUUCACACACGCCCAUACGCCUGAUGCAAAGCGAGAGGUGUUGGUUUUGCGUAACCGCGGGAACAUUUCGUUUUUGUGUUUCUGCUGAUGAAGACAUGCCUCCACACCCCAUUGUACCCACCGCUGCAGUGCUAAUACAAAUGGUCAUUUUGCACUCAGAAAGGCAAGUGUUAUCCAUGCUAACCAUUUACAACCAUUUAACCCUUUACGUCAAGAAGAAGAGCGCUAACAAACUCAAUUGGAUGGCCAAUCAAUUAACAUGGUCAAGGAUAAGGGUUUAUAAGCAGACCUACUGCUAGCAUUGGAUUGGAUUCCUGGAUUUCUAGGAGUAUUAAUAUUGAUAAUUAAUUAAGGGGAUUCAAGGUUUUUGAUUGAUCUACUGAUUAAUUUAACUAAUGUGAAAUGAUUACCUAACUAUUUCUUACUAGAGCUAAUAACUAUGAAAUACAAAAUUGCAUAUAAUAAUGAGAAGUCCUCUUUGUGAGCCUUCUGUUAAACUGCCUAGGCCAUUCCUAAUGGGCACUCUUUAUGCAAUCAGCAUUGUUGGCAGUAGCCAGGUCAGUGAGGAGGAGCCAAAUCUACAAAGAGGGGGACAUCGCUGUCCCAGCAUAGCCCACAUAGCAGGACAUUGCUGCUCCUACGUGGACUAACAGAGCAGGGCAUUGUUGCCCCAAUGAAGACCCACGUAGCGGGGCAUCACCGAUCCCCAACGGACCAACAGAACUCCCACGGGGACCCAUGGAAAAGGUCGCUGUUAGACCUCAGUCUAACAUCUAAAGAGAGGAACGUAUCAAACUUCAAACUUGCACCAGUCACCAGGGGAAUAAGAGACUGACUGUAAUCAAAAAAGGGGGGGAUAAUAGAGGCUUACAAAACGACAGACAAAGGAACACUGAUCUUGUUCUGAUCCACCAAGCGGAGAACUCCAGACUCACUCUGGCUGGACUGAAGGGACCCAGAGAAGGACAUUCAUUUCCCCCUUGGGGUUUCGAGAAGACCUGCACCCAAAGCUGUCAGGAGAGAGUGGUAGGAGGAUUAAUUGACCCAUGUGGACUUUGGGGCGAUGAAUGCCGUUUGCCCCGUGCUGAUUGGCUGGCUGGCUGUGGCUGUGUGGUUGGGGGUUGGGCAGGUACGAUGUCAGCAGCUGAAGCAGGCCCAGGCACCCCUGCUGCCACACAAGCCCUUCAUCGUGGUGUGGAAUGCCCCCACCGAGUCCUGCCGUCUGCGUUUCAAGGUGGACCUGGACCUCAGCGUCUUUGACAUUGUGGCCAACUUCAACGAGACACUGAGCGGGCCCAACGUCACCAUCUUUUACCACUCCCACCUGGGCUACUACCCCUACUACACCCAAGCCCUGACGCCCAUUAAUGGAGGCCUGCCGCAGAACCAGAGCCUCACCAAGCACCUCAACAAGGCCCGAUCGGACCUCGACAAACUCAUCCCCUUUAAGGACUUCAAGGGCCUGGGAGUGAUCGACUGGGAGAACUGGCGGCCGCAGUGGGUACGCAACUGGGGCCCCAAGGACAUCUAUCGGAACAAGUCCAAAGAGCUGAUGAGGAAGGUCCACCCCACCUGGCCCGACAGCAAGGUGGAGAAGGAGGCCAAGGAGCUGUUUGAGAGGGCGGGCCAGGCCUUCAUGAACUCCACCCUGCUGCUGGCGGAGAGCCGGAGGCCCCACGGCCUCUGGGGCUUCUACCUGUUCCCCGACUGCUACAACUACGGCUACAAGCAGCACCCGCACAAGUACACGGGCGAGUGCCCCAACGUGGAGCACGUGCGCAACGACCACCUGAUGUGGCUGUGGAAGGAGAGCACGGCUCUCUACCCCUCCAUCUACCUGGACUACGAACUGAAGUCGACGCCCAACACCGUCAAGUUCGUCCACUACCGCGUGAAGGAGGCCAUGAGGAUCGCGUCCAUCGCCCGCAGUGACUUCGCGCUGCCCGUUUUUGUCUACUCCAGGCCUUUCUAUGCCUAUACCUUCCACGUCCUCUCAGAGAGGGACCUAGUUCACACCAUUGGUGAGAGCGCCGCCCUGGGGGCAGCGGGGGUAGUGCUGUGGGGGUCUUCGGAAUACGCCCGCUCUCAGAGGAACUGUCUGGCAGUGAAGAAGUACAUCGAUGGACCCCUGGGCCAUUACGUCAUCAACGUGACAUCAGCGGCCAAGCUGUGCAGCAAGGCGCUGUGCAAGAAGAACGGGAAGUGCGUGCGGAAGAGCCUGGAGUCCGGGGCCUACCUGCACCUCAACCCCCGCUUCUUCCGCAUCCGCAGCAACCUGGGCCCCCAGGGGCCCCGCUUCCACGUCAGCGGGCACCUCAACAACGACGACAUCCUGGACAUGAAGCACAAGUUCACCUGCCAGUGCUACCAGGGCUGGACGGGCAUCUUCUGCGAGAUGCCCGAGGCCCCGCCCUUGCCCCCGCGGCCCCAGGACAGCCUCCUGACUGACAUCCUGGUCAUCCUGUCCAUUCACUUCUCCUGCCUGUCCGUCAUCACCUUCCUUGGCCUCUGCCUCAUCAUCAAAUGCUUGAUUCUGUAGGGGAGGGUACAUGGCUUGAGUAAACAUCUUGCAUUAUAGUGUAGAAUCCAAUAAGGCAUUAUUAUUGUCAUAGCCACCAACAUCACUCAGCUAAAGGGCUCUUUUUGACUAUAGAGUUACUAUUGGAGUAGCAAGUUUUCAUAACGUCCUUAAACUUUUUGAAGUUAUAAAGCACUUUAUCCACCUGGAAAACACUGUAGACACGUUUGGUAAUAACUUUAAUAUAAAUUAUCCAAAUUUUCCCUCCCUUCUAGCUAGCCAUGGCCGGAAAUAAAUAGCAAAAAACAAUAUAAUUUUGGUGUUGUUUCUUUCAAGAAUAUAUUUCAUGACUAAGCAUGGCCGUUUUUAACUACUGCCACCUACUGCAGUACAUGGUAAGUACAUAUGGUUACAGUACCACAUUUUGAUGGUGCAACAUUUAAGCAUGUGAGUCAACUAGGUACCAGCCUUAAUGGUUUAAGUUUUAUUAAAUUUUUUGUCUGUUUUCUUGGACCUAACAUACAGUAUAAAUCAUAUAAAAUAGUUGCAUACUCUGACUGACCGCCCUUAAGAAUGGGUAUGUCAACAAAUGAGAAAGCCACAUGUGCAGUUAGCAGGGCUGGCGUGAACACAUUCUUCCAAAUAAUAUUCCAAGUUGUGUGCCCUCAGAUUUGAGUCAUAAAGUUGAGCAGGUCAAGCAAAUAUUACAACAGGACCUACACCAGUAAUAAUAAUAAAUGUAAUUGUAUAUGUAUAAAGAAGAGUGGAACGUCGUGUUGACUAGCUUUGUCAUCGCGGAUCCUAACAAGCUCUUUGUUUCUCAUCAGUCGCCACACACACACACACACACACACACACACACACAAUUUAAUUACAAUAAUUACUCAAUGUGAUUUGUUGGGGGACUGUUAUGACACCGUGCGCGGACUGUGUGCCCGUCGAAGGAGAAAACAGAA